AUGUCCUCUUUAAGUGCACAGUUAGCACAAGUUGCUGCUAAAAAUGCCACUGUCGCCUUAGAUAGAAAAAGAAGGCAGAAACUUCAUUCCACCUCUCUUAUUUACAAUCCAAAAACUGCAUCAACUCAAGAUUAUGAAUUCAUUUUAGAUAAUGCAUCUAAAGCCUUGAAUGAUUUGAUUGAAAUUGAACCUAAAUUUGCUAUUUUCAAUAAAUCCUUAUUCUCUGAAACGUCGUUAUCUAUUGACAGAAACGUUCAAACUGCCGAAGAAAAUAAAGAGUUAGACAAUGCCGUUAAUAUGUUUUUAAUAUUAGCUUCUUCUAAGUGGCAUCUUGCUCCAACUUUACAUGCCACUGAAUGGUUGGUUCGUCGUUUUCAAAUUCAUAUCAUGAAUGCUGAAACGCUUUUAUUAUCUACUUUGAACUACUACCAAACUCCUGUUUUCAAUAGAAUUUUAAAUAUUGUAAAAUUACCUCCAUUAUUUGCACCUUUAUCUAAUUUCAUUAGAAGUGAAAAGUCGGUGACAAAUUUGACCAUAAUUAAGCUAUUCAAUGAUAUAGACUUUUUAAAACUAUAUGUUGAUUACCUGAGUAAAUGUAUCAAGCAAAAUUUGACCUAUACUAAUCAACUAUUAUUUACAACAUGUUGCUUUAUUAACUUAAUUGCCUUUAACUGCAAUCAUGAAAGCAAAUUGAAUUUGUUAGUUCCUGUUUUACUGGAAAUAUCUGCCAAACUCCUAGGUUCUACCUCUACCGAUUGUCAAAUAGCAGCUCAUACUAUUUUAGUUGUAUUUGCAACAGCAUUGCCAUUGAAAAAAAUCAUUAUAUUAGCAGCAACUGAGACUAUUUUAUCUAAUUUAAGUUCAGAAGAAGCAAAAAAGUCUGCAUUGACAACUAUAUGUAAACUUUUUCAAACAUUAAAAGGACAAGGAAAUGUGGAACAGUUACCAAUCAAGUUAUAUAAAAUUAUUGAUAAGCAUUUCUCAUUUGAAGAUUUAGUUGAUUUUUUGAAAGAAAAUCCUACUCUAGCUGCUGAUAAAUUUGUUACAUGCUAUAUCAGAGCUAUUGCUAGAUACGACCAUAGCAAAUUAACAUUAAUUGUCAAAAUUUUGAAAACCAUAAAAUUAGAAAAGUUCGAAAUCAAAUAUUUAAUUACAGAUUUAAUUAACCUAUCAGAAAUUUUGGAAAGUAAAAUCCAAUUGGCUGAAGUGUUUGAGUACUUUAUUUCAGUCAAUGAGAAACUAGUUUUAGACUGUUUGAAAUUUUUAAAUAUUACACCUGAAAUAUUUGAAAUUAGAUUAACAACGUCUUUAUUUUCUAACUUUGAGACAACUAUUGAACAAUUAGAAAAUAUUGAUGCUGAAAAGGUAGUUGGAAAAGCAAGUGAUAUUCCAUUAUUCAAGGAGUUUUUAGAAAAGAAUUCUUCUUACAUUUACACAGAGAAUAAAUCUUUACUAUGUGAAAAUGAUGAUGUCUUCAUCAAAUUAUUAACACUAUUUAUUGAAGCUGUUGGUAGACAAUAUUCACCAGGCCAAUUUUUAAAUACUUUUUUUACUACUUUAGAAGCAAGAAUUACUUUCUUAUCUAGAGUUAUUAUUUCACCAUCUACACCGUCCACUUUAAAGAUCAUUUCUUUGAACCAAAUAAGUAAAUACCUUCAUAACAUUGACAAGGAUUCUAAUGUAUUUACAUUAGUGCCAUGCCUAUUUGUGGCCUUAAAUGAUUUAUCUAAAAAUGUUAGAGCAAAAGUUAGACAGAUUUUAAUCCAAGUGGCAAAUCGACCACCUUCCAAGCACUACUUCUUAUCUAAAAAAAUUUAUGGGGAAAAUGUUGCAUUGCAGUUAUUAAAUCCAAAAGAUUCAUCGUAUUGGUUAAAAAAGUUCCUUGAUGAUUAUGCAGUUGAAAAUUAUGAAAUAGCUGAGCUGUUGAUACCCAAAAAGAAUUCAAAGGUUUACACUUUAUUCUGGGCAAAUCAAGCAUUACACAUUCCUAUUCCGUAUGCGAAAUCUGUUAUUUUACAAAAUCUAGAGAAAUGUAAUAUUUCGCAAAGUUCUUACGCCAAAAUCCUUGAGCCAUUUAUUUCAUCAUACAUUGAAUCAAGAGCAACAUGGGAACAAAGGUGCAAACUAAAUAAAACAAGUUUUUUUAUAUUUGAAAAGACUGUUGUAAACUUAAUUUCUGUCAAAGAGAAGAACCAAUUCAUGAUUGAUUUUGCAAUAAACGGUUUGAAAUCAGAUUGUGAAUCACUAUCUGAGACAAUUGCCGGAAGGUUGAUUACAGUAUUCAGUUCUUUUAAUUUUUCACAACAACUUCAAAUUGUUCAAUCAAUUUUAGAUAAUACUGUAGAGAUGGAACCUAUCUAUGAUUCAAUUGGAUUGUUACAAAGUCUUCCAUUAUCUGCUGAUAUUUUCAGUAUUAUUUUAUCACAGAACAGAAUAAAUUCAGAUGAUGAUAUUAAGAUCUUACCAAAAAGAAGAAGAAGACAUUCUUCUACAGUCAAGUCAGCCUUUCAAAAGGAGGAAAUCACUGUUUUGGCUGAAAUUCACCUUCGUAAGAUCACAAUAAUUUUGGAAACAUUAGACAAAUCUUCUAUUAAGGCAACUUCUGAAUUAUUGUCUUCUCUAUUUGUUUUACUGUCUGAUCUUGAAACUCUUGAUCAGGAUGGUGGUCUUCCAGUUUUAUAUGCGCAAGAAACUUUAACUUCUUGUUUAUUGAAUACUAUUGAGUCAAUGAAAAAGUCUGGUAUUUCUGAAUUUAAGAAUAUUAGAGCUGAUAUAUUGGUAUCUGCAAUUCGUAAUUCAUCAUCUCCUCAACUACAAAACAAGUUAUUAAUGGUAGUGGGUGCUCUAGCUUCGUUGAAUUCUGAAAUUAUAUUGCACUCAAUUAUGCCUAUUUUUACGUUUAUGGGGGCUCAUAGUAUUCGUCAAGAUGAUGCUUUCACACUUCAAGUCGUUCAAAACACUAUCAGAACUGUUGUACCAGCAUUGUUAAAGAAUAAAAAGGCAAAUACUUCGGAUGAAUCAGAUAUUCUAUUAAUGAGUUUUGCAACUGCUCUGCAACAUGUUCCAAAGCAUAGGAGGGUUGCAUUAUUUUCCACGUUGUUAGAAUCCUUGGGUUCCUCAACUUCAAUUGGUCCAUUUUUAUUUCUAGUUGCACAACAAUAUUCUAAUUGUCUAGAUAACUUCAAAUUGGGUGAAGCUAAAAGUCUAAUAGAAUUUUGUAAGUCUUUAUUAGUGAAUUUUAUAGUAUCCGACCAGUUGUCUGGUAUACGUGAUUUGCUUCAAUUAAUUACCAAACUAUUAAAAUCCACAAUUGAUGAAGGUUCAAAGAAUGACUUAAACUCCGUUGCCUUAUUCUCCAAUCACAUCCUUAAUAAACAAUUGAGUGAAUUAAUAGGCUUUGUUCAACAUACUUUUUCUUACAUAAUUAAAAUUAUUCAGGAUGAUGAUACUGACUUCUUUAAUAUUAAUGGUACAUUCAGUUUAAGAGUUCGUGCUGCUUUACUUGAUACAGCGUCAGCUAAGGAAACUGUUAGCUCGGUUAAAAGUAAAUUUACUUUAAUUUUGAAACUGAUAUUAACUUUUAUUAACGACGCAAAGUCGUACAAUUUUGAUUCAAAGACAAACCCUGAGAUAUCAAAUGAUCAGACCACUGAUAUUAAUAAUAGUUUGUUCACGAUGCUAAACAUUGUUUUAAAUAUGCUUCCAAUAAAUGAGUUUGUUGAAAGUACUCUACCAUUAUUAACAGAUAGUUCAAAUAAAGAUAUUAAAUACCAAAUCAGUUUAAUAAUGGGCGAUAAAUUUGAAAUUGAACCCAUUGAAACUGUUGAUCCUGCUGUUAAAGUUAUCAAGACAUUAUUAACAAGAAUUAUGGAAGAGGUGGGUACUCCUGAUUUGGCUCAAGUAAUGCUGAAUACUUUAUCGACAUUAAUUAGUAGAUAUGGUUCAAACUUAAAUGAGAAAUUGGUUAAUAGAAGUAUCAAUUUGGCUAUUGAUCUGCUAAAUUCUGAAGUAAACGAGAUUCUUGUCUCAGCAUUUAGUGUUAUUAACAACUGUAUUCAAGUAUUGGGUAUUAAGUCCAUUAGUUAUUACACUAAGAUUGUUCCAGCUGCCAUUAAGUUAUUCAACAAAACAAAAAUGUCUGAUGAUUCUAUGAAACAACAAUUACAAGUAGCCAUUUUAUUGUUAGUGGCAACCUUAUUAAAAGUUAUUCCAAGUUUUAUUACAUCAAACUUAUCAGAUGUCUUUGACGUUAUAUUAUUCAGUGAUGAAGUAGACAUCACUACUAGACUUUCUGUGGUCGAACUUGUAGUCAAACAUAUUGAUCUAACAGAUCUCUUAAAGAUGUUAUACAAGACAUGGUCUAACAUUUGUGUUGUACAUAAUUCUGUUGCUAUAUCAUUAUUUUUGAGCUGUUUAGAAAGCACAGUGGAUGCAAUUGAUAAGAAAAUUGCUACAUCACAAUCACCAAUCUUUUUUAAAUUACUUUUGAAGUUGUUUGAAUACAGAUCGGUUAGUGAGUUUGACAAUAAUACUAUUAGUAGAAUUGAGGCAACAGUUCAUCAAACAGCUAAUACAUAUGUUCUUAAAAUGAAUGAUAAAGUGUUUAGGCCAUUAUUUGUUAUAAUGGUUAAGUGGGCAUUUGAGGGUGAAGGUGUUACUAACAAAAAGAUGACAGAAAGUGAGAGAUUAAUAGCAUUCUUUAAGUUCUUUAAUAAAUUACAAGAAAACUUAAGAGGUAUUAUAACAUCUUAUUUUACUUACUUAUUAGAAUAUACUACUAAAUUAUUGAUAAGAUUUGUCAACAAGGAUAUUGAAGAUAUUACGUUACAUCGUUUACUACUAAUAUCUUUGACAUCAUCCUUCAAAUAUGAUAAAGAUGAAUAUUGGAAAUCUACAUCCAGAUUUGAACUAAUAUGUGAACCUUUAGUCAAUCAAUUAAGCGUUAUUGAAAACUCCAUUGGAAAAUUUUUAGUUAAAGCCAUAAGUUCUCUUACAGCUAAUAAUAGCGGUGUUGAAGAACAUAAUCAAAUCAUGAAUAAAUUACUAGUAACUCAUAUGAAGGCUACUUGUUCAUCAAGAGAAAAAUUAUGGGCUGUUAGAAGUGUUAAACUAAUUUAUUCAAAGGUUGGUGAGAGCUGGUUAAUAUUAUUACCUCAAUUAGUUCCAACUAUUGCUGAAUUAUUGGAAGACGAUGAUGAAGAAGUGGAAUACGAAGUUAGGACAGGAUUAGUCAGGGUAGUAGAAAAUGUAUUAGGUGAACCGUUUGAUAGAUAUUUAGAUUAA